AUAUGCCCGGAGCCGAGGCGCGAUGAAGGAGAAGUCCAAGAAUGCGGCCAAGACCAGGAGGGAGAAGGAAAAUGGCGAGUUUUAUGAGCUGGCCAAGCUGCUUCCGCUGCCAUCGGCCAUCACCUCGCAGCUGGACAAGGCGUCCAUCAUCAGACUCACCACGAGCUACCUGAAGAUGCGCGCCGUCUUUCCCGAAGGUUUAGGAGACGCGUGGGGACAGCCGAGCCGCGCGGGGCCCCUGGACAGCGUCGCCAAGGAGCUGGGAUCGCACCUGCUGCAGACUCUGGAUGGAUUUGUUUUUGUGGUAGCAUCUGACGGCAAAAUCAUGUAUAUUUCGGAAACAGCUUCUGUACAUUUAGGCUUGUCCCAGGUGGAGCUCACGGGCAACAGCAUUUAUGAGUACAUCCAUCCUUCCGACCACGAUGAGAUGACUGCUGUCCUGGCAGCCCACCAGCCUCUUCACCAUCACCUGCUCCAAGAGUAUGAGAUCGAGAGGUCGUUCUUUCUUCGAAUGAAGUGUGUCUUGGCGAAAAGAAACGCCGGCCUGACCUGCAGCGGAUACAAGGUCAUACACUGCAGCGGCUACUUGAAGAUCAGGCAGUAUAUGCUGGACAUGUCCCUGUACGACUCAUGCUACCAGAUCGUGGGGCUGGUGGCCGUGGGCCAGUCCCUGCCGCCCAGCGCCAUCACUGAGAUCAAGCUGCACGGCAACAUGUUCAUGUUCAGGGCCAGCCUCGACCUGAAGCUGAUAUUCCUGGAUUCCAGGGUGACCGAGCUGACUGGCUACGAGCCACAGGACCUGAUCGAGAAGACCCUGUACCAUCACGUGCACGGCUGCGACGUCUUCCACCUGCGAUACGCGCACCACCUCUUGCUGGUGAAGGGCCAGGUCACCACCAAGUACUACCGGCUGCUGUCCAAGCUUGGCGGCUGGGUGUGGGUGCAGAGCUGCGCCACCGUCGUGCACAACAGCCGCUCGUCCAGGCCCCACUGCAUCGUGAGUGUCAAUUAUGUCCUCACGGAUAUCGAAUACAAGGAACUGCAGUUGUCCCUGGACCAGGUGUCCACGUCCAAGUCCCAGGACUCCUGGAGGACCGCCUUGUCUACCUCACAAGAAACUAGGAAAUUAGCUAAACCCAAAACCACGAAGAUGAAGACAAAGCUGAGAACAAACCCUUACCCCCCACAGCAAUACAGCUCGUUCCAAAUGGACAAAUUGGAAUGCGGCCAGCUCGGAAGCUGGAGAGCCAGCCCCCCCGUCCACGCCCCGGUUCCCCCAGAACAGCAGCUCCAUUCAGAAGGCGGCGACCUUCUGUACACCCCGUCCUACAGCCUGCCCUUCUCCUACCAUUACGGACACUUCCCUCUGGACUCUCACGUCUUCAGCAGCAAAAAGCCGAUGCUGCCGGCCAAGUUCGGGCAGCCCCAAGGAUCCCCGUGCGAGGUGGCACGCUUUCUGCUGACUGCGCUGCCAGCCAGCGGCGAGUGCCAGUGGCGCUAUGCCAGCCCCCUAGUGCCGGGCAGCCAGUCUCCAGCUAAAAGCCUUUCCGAGCCGCCGGUGACCCCUGCUCGGCACAGCCUCGUGCCGAACUACGAAGAACACUGCAAGUGGCAUCCUGUGAUUGGACCUCGCGGGCCCGGGACGCACGCGGGAAGGGGCGAGGGCGGCUCCGGGGCUCGAGCGCGCGGGCGGCAGGGGUGGCCCAGGGGUGGUGGCGGCCCCAGGGCCCCCCGGCUUGGUGUCGCUGUGGGCAUGUCCCCUUCCUCCCCCGCGCGGGCGUCUAACGUGUCGCCUGUCCCCGCAGCGCCCGCCGCCGCCGCGCGCAGGUUCGGCGAGGACACCGCGCCACCGCUGCCGAGCUUCCCGAGCUGCGGGCACUAUCGCGAGGAGCCGGCGCUGGGCCCGGCCAAGGCCGCCCGCCAGGCCGCCCGCGACGGGGCGGCGCGGCUGGCGCUGGCCCGCGCGGCCCCCGAGUGCUGCGCGCCGCCGGCCCCCGAGCCGCCGGGCACGCCGGCGCAGCUGCCCUUCGUGCUGCUCAACUACCACCGCGUGCUGGCCCGCCGCGGGCCGCUGGGGGGCGCUGCGCCCGCCGCCCCCGCCCUCGCCGGCGGCCCCGGCGCCCCCGACGCGGCGGCCGGCGCGCUGCGACCCCGGGCCCCCGACCCCACCGCCGCCGCCGCCGCCUCGCCGCCCGGCGCGCCCCUGCCGCACUACCUGGGCGCCUCGGUCAUCAUUACCAACGGCAGGUGACCCGCCC